GCGCGGGCUGUGCUUAGUAGGACGGAAAUUAGAUCAAAAACCCUACACUUAUUUUUCCGACUUCAUCACUGUUGGUAAUUCAUCACUUUUUGUAAUGCAGCUGUACCUCGUUAAAUACAAUCAGUAAUAGGUAAACAAUGUCGUGAUGCCUGGCAAGAACUCAAUUUCUAACUAGUUCAGUUUUCCAUUUCAAAAGACUAUGAUCUCGUUGUACGCUAUUCUUCCGACUAUAAUCGGCAUCCAUCUCAUCGGGACUACUUUCGCCUACCUGGUCCAAUCCGAUGGUCGCAUAAUCGGUGGCUUCUUGGUUGACAUUACGGAAGUACCCUUCCAAGUGGCACUGUUGAAAGGCGAUCGACACUUAUGCGGCGGUGUCAUCAUCGAUGACCGGUGGAUCCUAACGGCAGCCCAUUGCGUUCAGCCGCAACCGAAUGUUACGCUGAGUGGACUAAAGAUUCGGAUUGCUUCCAACUUCCAAGCCAAGGGUGGUGAAGUGAUUGAUGUUUUCACCUGUCGAGUUCAUCCGAAGUUUGACGUUCGUCGAGCGGAUUACGACGUAGCACUAUUAAAACUGGAGAAGAAACUGAAUUUGACGGAUGCGUUUUAUGCGGUAGAUCUUCCGAAGUCGUUGGAACCAGUUGAAGAUGGGACGUGUCUACAGCUUUCCGGUUGGGGACUGACGAUGACCGAACUGGAAUCUCGUGAAAUCCUACGAGCAGUGCAGAUUCCAGCCGUUAAUCAGGACGAAUGUCGUAAGGCGUACAAGGGCUUCGCUUUCCAGAUAACCGAUCGGAUGCUUUGUGCCGGAUAUGUCGACGGUCAACUUGCUUACCAGGGGGAUUCCGGAGGACCACUGGUGGAUGAGCGGAAACUUGUCGGGAUAACGUCCUGGGGUGGGAAGAAUGCGAAAUACUGUCGGAAAGCUCGGUGUGCUGGGGUGUAUGCAAGGGUGGCGUACGUUCGCAAGUGGAUUCAUGCCGAAACGGGGAUCUAAAAUUUAUGACAGUAACAACCUUGAUUAAAUUCCAUCACAAGUGACUGCCCACUCUCUGGAACCUGGUCUUCCUUCGUCAAAACAAAAGUAGGGGUGAAGUCAUGCACGAAAGUUGACCCCUUUUUGCUCUCUUAAAAUAAAUCUGUCUGUUCCAAUUUGCACAAGCUGCCAGUUUUCACUAGGUUGCCCCACUCCGAAAUUGCUUUUAACCUGUGCUGGAGAUGUCAUCGGUGUCUAACUGUCUGCAUGAAAAGGGAGCAAUUUUCGGUGCCACCGUUUUUCUGAUGUGUAGCUGUUCUGGUGUUACGUACAUGAGGAUAUAUGACGUGGAAAGUAGAUCAAUGACUCUCCCCGUGGAGAUAAAGGCAAAGAAUGAUGAUAUGUUUUGUUUUUCCCUGUUAUAGCACACUGGCAUCCAACAACUCUUUGCAGAUGCAAGAAAAUCGCUGUCGAGGAGGAAGCUGCAUCUACACGCUGGAAAUGGAUUUCUCCCCUUCGCA